ACAGUGAGAAUCAAACCCGGAACCCGAGCUGCAGCUCGGCUGUUAUUAUUAACCUCUGACCAGAAGAGCCGGUGGAUGUUUACGGAACGAUAAUGUUUACAAUCAAGGCAUAAGGAUCACUGAUCGGUCAUGCCGUACCUGGGUGGCGAGGAGACGGUGAAGGAGCUGAGGAGAGCCCUGUCCAACCCCCACGUCCAGGGAGACCCCCUCCGCCACAGGUCCACCGUGCUCAGGGUCAUCAGGGUGAUGUCGCAGGGCGUGGAUGUGGCAGGUCUGUUCAGUGAGAUGGUGAAGGCGUGCGCCACGACGGACGUGGUCCAGAAGAAGCUGGUGUACGUGUUCUUGUGUUCCUACGCCAGCCUCAACCCAGAGCUGUCCCUGCUGGUCAUCAACACGCUGAGGAAGGACUGCCAAGACCCCAACCCCAUGGUGCGCAGCCUGGCUCUGAGGAACAUGACCAACCUCAGGUUGCCCAGCCUGGUGGAGUACGUGCAGCAGCCCCUGACGGCGGGGCUGAGGGACCGGGCGGCCUGCGUUCGGCGGGUGGCCGUGCUGGGCUGGGCCAAACUCCACAGCCUCCAGCCCCACGCCGACAUAGACGCUGCGGUGGUCAACGAGCUGUACAGCAUGCUGAGGGACAACGACCCGGUGGUGAUGGUCAACUGUCUGCGGGCGCUGGAGGAGAUCCUGAAGGAGGAAGGGGGCGUGGCCGUGAACAAAGCCAUCGCACACCACCUCCUCAACAGGCUGAAGGAGUGUGACGUGUGGGGUCAGUGUGAGGUGCUCGGCGUGCUGCAGCGCUACCGGCCCCACUCCGAGGAGGAGCUCUUUGACAUCCUGUCCCUGCUGGACCCCUACCUGCUCAGCCCCAGCGUGCCCGUCAUGGCCGCCACGCUGGGCCUCUUCCUCAGCCUGUGCUGCCGGGGCCUUCCGGCCGUCAGCCUGGCCGCCCUGCGGCGGGCGCAGGCCCCCCUGCUGGCCGCCUGUGGCAGUGCGUCCCCAGAGAUGAAGUUCACCGCCCUGUGUCACGUCCAGCUGCUGCUGCGGUCGCUGCCCGGGCUGAUGGGCGAGCACUACAAACGCUUCUUCUGCGGCUACGCCGAGCCGGCCUACAUCAAACAGAGGAAGAUGCAGGUCCUGGUGGAGCUGGUGAACGACGACAACGUGGGCUUUGUGCUGGACGAGCUGAAGGGCUACUGCACCGACGUCAGCCCCGACACGGCCCAGGCCGCUAUCUCUGCCAUCGGCCGAAUCGGGCGUAGCUACAGCGACCAAUGCUUGGAGAUCCUGACCGGUCUGCUGGGGCUGAAACAAGAACACAUCACCUCUGUGGUGGUGCAGACCAUGAGGGACCUCGUGUGGGUGUGUCCCCAGUGCAGUGAGUCUGUGUGUGAGGCUCUGGAAGGCUGUGAGGACACGCUUCAGGACAGCCAGGGCAGGCAGGCCUUGCUGUGGCUGCUGGGUGUGCACGGGGACCGUGUCUCCAGCGCCCCCUACGUGCUGGAGGCCUUCGUGGAGCAGGUGAGGAGCGAGAUGGCGGCGGGCGUGAAGACGGAGCUGCUCACCGCCACCAUGCGGGUGUUCCUGUGCCGGCCCGCUGAGACACAGGACACCCUGGGGAGACUGCUGCACUACUGCAUAGAGGAGGAGGCAGACAUGAACGUGCGGGACCAGGCCCUGCUCUACUACCGCCUGCUGCACUGUGGGAUAGAGGAGACACGCUCGGUCCUGCAAGGUCGAAGGUCGGACCCAUCUCUGGGUGUCCUGAUUGGCCGGCCCGCUGAGCCCGUCAGCCAAUGGGCGCGCAGCUUCAACACGCUGGAACCCCUGAGACAGUGCAACGCGGGGGCCGAGUCGGCCCCACAGGCAGCCCCCUAUCACCUGGCCCUCGACCCUGAGCCAAGCCUCGACCUCUGUGACCCCCUGAACCCCAGCCAGGACCGACAGGAGACCGCAGCAGCAGAGAGUGUGAACCUUCUGCUCCCCGGCCCCUCUGCUGGGCCCCUGGCCCCGGGCCCCACCGCCGGGCCCCCAGCCCCGGGCUCUGGGGGGGGGCAGCUCGGCCUGUCCCUCUCCCCGGCCCUCAGCCCCCAGCAGUUUGAGCACUUGUGGCUGGGAGGCCCCCAGUGCCCGCAUGGAGAGCCAGGUGCCAGGGAGGAGGAGGAGGAGGAGGAGUGUGUCUGCGUGCAGGAGAGGAUGGGGGUCUCCCCCGCCCUGCAGUGCUCCCCCCCCCCACAGCUUCAGGCGGCGCUGCAGCGAUCCCACAUCCAGACCAUGGCCUUCACCCCGCCACACACCCUGCCCUGGAGGGUCUACCUGUACACACACACCCGCUGGGGGGGCCCGGCGCCGCGGGGCCCCACCCUGGUGCUGGGGGAGCUGCUGUACACCGGGGGGGCGGAGGACCAGGAGGGGGAAGGAGAGGGCGGGGAGCGGGGGCUGAGGGUGACGGCCAAGCAGCGGCCCCGGGACGACGAGGCCAUGAAGGGCUUCCUUCAGGUCCUCAGUGGCGCGCUGCACACCUCUUCUACAGGGAGCUGUUGAGCUCACUCCGAGCAGGAUCCCACACACACACACACACACACACACACACACACACACACACACACACACACACACACACACACACACACACACACACACACACACACACACACAGACGUUAUGGAGGGGGAUGAGGCUACUAAGUAGUGAUUCUUAGUCAAAAGCUGGGUGAAUGCAGGGCCUUUACUUAAAGGGUCCUCCUAUUACACCACCAGGUGUGAGUGGGAUUAACCCUUAGCUGUUUGAAGGCCGAUUUUCAAAGGCUUGCUAUGGUUUAUCAGGCAAAUAGAACAAUACAUGAAUGUGAAUGGUUUGGUCCUGCAAAGUAAAAACACAGGAGACACCAUGUUGAAGCACCAAGUGGGCCAUUGGCUGAAACACCUUUCAUGAGAAGAACCCAUUUGUUGUGAAUAAAGUUUAUUUCAGUGAGCAACACUGUUGAAUGAGGAA